AUGGUUCAAAAAUCUUAUUACAGUAUUCUAAAUUUGGAUAAAAAUUGUUCCCAAGCAGAUAUUGUUAGGGCUUAUAGAGUUUUGGCAAUUAAAUACCAUCCAGAUAAAAACUCAGACGGGAAAGAGUUAUUUCAAGAGUUGAAAGAAGCUUAUGAAGUGUUAGCAGAUGAAGAGAAGCGUUAUUUGUACGAUAACGGUUUAGAUUACGAUAAUACUGAAUCUAAGGUUAAAAUUACACCAGAAGACAUAGAAAAUUUUUGUCGUGUUUAUAAAGGCAGUGUCGAGGAAGAACACGAUAUUAUUGCUUAUUACAAGAAACAAGACGGAAAUAUUUUAAAAAUAUUUGAUCAUAUACCAUUGCUCGAGUUCUGCGAAGAACAUUUCGAGCGUUUAAUUAAAAUGAUUGAAAAAUUAUUUCAUGAAAAACUUUUACAGAAUACCAGAGAAUAUGAGAAUGACGAUUAA